AUGACCACUUUUAUUCCAUUUUUAUUCUACCCUGUAAUCAAAGACGCCGGCGCUCGCAUUCUCCGAAGACUGCAGAAGGAGGUGUUAGCCGCUGACCGCACCCAGCUCCCAGAUACCGCCAAUACGUCUGCCGACCAUGUUACUGCUGUUGCUGCUGCUGCGGGCGCCCCCGCGAUGACCGCAAUCGGUUUGUCCGAACACGACGGACAAGCAAGU